AUGUUGCACUUAAAUAUUUCAUCUUCUAAAUUUAAGUCUCCAAGGACAUUAUGUAAUAUGAAGUUAAUUUUAAAUGUAGUUUACUACUUCUUAAUAUCUCUAAGAUGCUCCUUAUUUCUAACAUUAUAUUACAUUUUAUUUUUCUUAAGUGUAUUUCAAGUACGUUCUGUAACUUCAUGGAAUCCAAUUUUAGGUGGAAAGAGAACUAAUACAUCAGGAACUUCAAAUACAACUAGAAAUGUAAAAAACUAUAUUAUGCCAACUAUGGAGACAUUAUUAUCUUUUGAAUAUAUAGAUUCUAUUUUCCAGAAAUAUAUAACAAAUUAUGAAAAUAAUACAAUAGAUAUAACAGAUGCUAGAGACGAUAAAUGUUAUAUUCUUGCAUUGUCUGCAGGUUCUAAUAGGAGUUGUUGGCAGGCAGGAGUUAUUUAUGGAUUAGCUUCAAAGUAUAGAAAGGAAAAGAAGAAACUUCGUUGGGAUAUUGUAACUGGUGUUUCUUCUGGUGGUGGCAACUUAGCUUAUAGUUUAAUAUCUGAACCAGGUCGUGAACAUAUUUGGGCAAGUAACUUAAUAUCUAUUUUUUCAUCUCUAAAUUCUGAUCAUAUUCAUAGUUGUAUAUUUCCUCUCUGGAGAAAUGCUGGUGGUUGGUUAGUUGAAAUAUUUAGAUCGCAUCGUCUAAGGAGUAUAUGCAAGACAUUUAGAGCUUCAUCAUUUAUUUAUAGUCAAUUACAGGGAAGACGUUGGAGAAAUAAAAAAAGAGAUUUAAUAGUUACUGCUGUAAGCUAUGAAUCUUUUCGUACUUAUGCUUUUUCAAGUGAUUUAGAUGAAAAUACUUUUUCACAAGCUGUUGCAGCAUCAGGGACUUUCCCUAUAAUGUUCAAACCUUCAAAAGUUGAUGGUUUUGGAACUUUUGUUGAUGGUGGUUUGCGCGGUUAUAUAAAUGUUGAAGAUGCAAUUAGGCGUUGUAUUUUAAUUGGCAAAGCAAAAAGUUUUGAUGAUAUUAUUGUGGAUGUUAUAUCUGCUUUAGAUAAAUCACCCCCUCAAUUAUUUACAAAUAUAAAGGAAAUGGAAGAUAUAAAUUUUAUUUCAGUAUUUGGUGAUACUUUGACUAGACUAUUAGUUCCAUAUUUUCCAAAUAAUGUAAUAAUGAAUUCCAUGAAGAAGUAUCCUGGUGUAACAACAAGAUUUUUUAUACCUGCAGAUACGAAUGUAGAGGUAAUUCUUAAAGGUAGAUUUUACAUUAAUAAAAAAAUUUCUAAUAAUGCUAUUAAAUAUGGAAUACAAAUAGGGAUGAAUGCUACAAAAUCUAUAUUUGAUGAAAUAGAUUUGAUUGAUGAGUAUGAUCAUAAAUUAUAUCCAACUCCAUAUAAUGAAGAUCUUAGUUUAGGUACUGCAAAUCUAUUAGGAGAAACUGAUUAUAAGAUUGAUAGGAAGGAUGAUCUAUAUAUUAGAAUUAAAGAUAUAUUUAUGUAUUUCAAUAAAUUAAGACCAUUUCUAACUAGUUGGAAUGAAGUUGAUGUGAAUUUUUUACAUAUGAUGCUUGUACAAAGUGGCAUUAAUCAAGAAAAUUGUGAGUUUUUUUUAUCUAAUAUAGCUAGAGUUAAAGGUUCUACUACAAUAAGGUUAGAUGAAUCUUGUAAUAUAAUAUUAACUGGAAAAGGUAUACAGAGAAAUUUUAAGAAGCAGUAUUGUGGUUUACAAGCUAAAUCUAUAUUUUGUCAGAUUGAUGAUUUUCUACAACAAUUUAAUCUAGCAGAAUUUGAAAGUGAUUUUGUAUAUGAUGAUUAUUUGGAAACUCGAGAAACUAUUAAUGAAAUUUGGGAACUUUAUAAGGCAACUAAAUAUUUUACUGAAUAUUCUUCUUCUAAAAUUGCCAAGAAAGUCUCUAAACUCAUUUUAAGUGAUUAUUAUCAAGUUCGGGCAUAUUAUCAAUUAGCUCAAGAAGUAAUGACAAAAAUUGACCCAUUCAUUAAAAUUAAAAAGAUUAUUCAAGAAAAUAUUUCAUAUACUGAAUUUAAGAUAAGUGAUAAUAUAAAAGAAGAUAAGAAUAUUUUGGAGAUGAUUAAUUCAUAUAUUAAUGAUAAAGAUCUUAUAGGAAACUACAGAAGUCUCACUAGUCAAUUUUCUCAAUAUGCUAAAGAUAUUCGUAAUAUAUCUACUCGAAUACGUUUAGAUAUUCAUAAGUUACGGGUAUCAAUUUGUGAAGAUUCCCCAAAAUUAUGCAAAGUUAUUAAUAAAUACCUAGACGUUGCAUUUUCAAGUUCUACAAAUAAAGAUUAG